AUGGGCAAGCUCCAAUACUUCAACAGACAACUCGGCUUAGCUUGCAGUCUAAUCGCGUUGUCAUCGUUCAACUAUGGCUUCGACAAUCAGGCUUUCGCCACCACUCAAGCCAUGGAUGCAUUCGGCAAACAGUUCGGUGUUUUUAACCCAAAGACUCAGACAUGGGCGUUGGAGCCCUCUUGGCUCUCGCAGUUCAAUAGCUUGAAUUACAUUGGCUUUGCAGCUGGUGUUCUGAUCGGCAGUGAGAUCUCUUCCAGGUUCGGUCGAAGAUGGUGCAUGUUCAGUAUGAGCUGCUACGCUCUGGUCACAGCUACAAUUGCUGUCACUUCUACCUCCAAGUCACAGAUUAUGUCUGCUCGAGUACUGAACUACCUCUACGUUGGCAUGGAACUCUCGGUCGUGCCUGCAUAUCAGAGCGAGAUCGUCCCAGCACCUGUUCGUGGUCUCAUCGUCGGCACCUAUCAGCUAUCACUCGUCCUCGGUGGUUUCGUCAUCAACUCUGUAUGUAGAGGUACAAGCACCAUCAAUGACAACAAAUCAUGGAGGAUCCCGCUUGGCCUAUUCUAUGUUAUCCCGGUCAUCAUCGCUUCACUCAUAUGGUUCAUUCCUGAGUCGCCUCGAUGGCUCCUGCUCAAAGGUCGUCGCGGGGAAGCAGAAGCCAAUCUGAUCAAGCUAAGAGAAGGGGCGUUUUCGCAAGAAGACAUCCAGAAGGAAUUUGCAGAGCUUACAAGCACGUUGGAGACUGAGGUAGAGCAGGGACACUUCAAGGAGUGCUUCCAAGGACUCAACCUGAAGAGGACGAUCCUGGUCGUGCUGCUCAAUAUGUUCCAACAAGCUACAGGUCAAGCAUUUGCAAGCCAGUAUGGUACGAUCUAUGUGAAGUCACUUGGGACAAUCAACCCAUUUAACUUCUCGUUGAUUCUGGCAUCAGUCAACAUCGUGUCGAUCAGCGUUGCGUUGCUGCUUACUGAUAGGAUCGGUAGAAGGUGA